AUGUCGCAAACACCAGGCCCGACUAAAUUACCCCGCACGAUGCCCUUCACGCCGAAGCGGCCCUUAUCUGCCAUGUCCGGCUCGUCCGACUCAUCUACCUCAACAAUACGUCCGAACACCAUCAUACCUGCUUCCGGGCUGCCCUCGGCUAAGAAGUAUAAGGCGGCGCUAUCGAGCGACGCACGGCCGAGGUCGGCUAUGAAGGUCAGGCCGCCUUCGCUUGCUGUCGUACCGGGCUCCCCGUCGCAUGGACGGCCAAAGACGCCAACUACGCCCAGGUUAGGGCGCGAGAGUCCCGGUUUGGGACUGGAUAUGCCCAGCGAGAUGGACGUGUCGCGCGUAGACCCAGAGGAGGUGCUGGUGGACUACCAGAAUAUGGAUGUUGGAGAUAUUAGUAUUGAAGUCGACGAAACCGGCGGAGAGGUUAUCGACCACGGUAGCCAGGACAAGGUCCAGGUGUCUAUCCGUAUUCGUCCAUCAAAUCAACAGAGCGCAUGGGAUACACAGAUGCGCGGAAGGGACAAGAUGAUCAAGCUAUUGCCACAACACCAGAAGAACACUGGCACGGUGGCUCAGGAGUUCAACUUCGACGAAAUUCUGACUGGGUCUGAGAAUAAGCCCGUCUACGACGCCGUCGCACGGAGCCAUGUUAAGGCUGCUAUGGAGGGUUAUAAUGCUGUAUGCUUUGCGUAUGGUCAGACGGCUAGUGGAAAGACGUUCACUUUGUCUGGAGAUGACGAGCAACCAGGUAUCAUUCCUCGCGCCCUCAAAGACGUCUUCAAGUACAUCCGCCGUACACCAUCUCGCGAAUACCUCCUCCGAGUAUCCUACCUUGAGAUCUACAACGAAACGAUUCACGAUCUCCUCGCCCCACCCGCAACCCGCGCCUCGCAACCCGUCCAAAUCCAAGGCUCAGGCAAUAACGUCUGGUUGGCCCCUCUGCGUGAAGAAGUCGUCACCAGUCUCAAGGGUGUGCAUGCCGUUCUGGAACGCGGAUGGGCUGCACGUCGUACUGCCACGACAGAUUGGAACGAACGAUCCAGCCGCUCGCACUCCGUCUUCCGCGUCGUUAUCGAGUCUCGCGAACGCGGCGACACGUCUGGUGGACGACAAACGCCUGGUCCUGGUCCUUCAAGGCCACCCACGCCUGGUGGACCGCGUCUGCAGAGCAUUGGUGGACGGAGCGUACAGACAAGUGUGCUUAGCUUGAUCGAUCUUGCUGGCAGCGAGAGGGCCACGAGCGACAAGGAGCGGACGAAGGAGGGCAAGUAUAUCAAUACGAGCCUGCUCACUCUCGGAAGCGUCAUCAGCACAUUGGCGGAGAACGCAGCUAAGGGGAAGAAUGACUAUGUUCCCUUCCGCAACUCAAAGCUUACCCGCAUGCUUCAACCUUCACUCUCAGGCGACGCCCGCAUCUCCGUAAUCUGCACUCUCAAUCCGGACUCAAGCGCCGUAUCCGAAACAACCUCCACCCUCCUCUUCGCUUCACGGAUCAAGAAGGUUGCCCUGCAUGCACAGAAAAAAGAAGUCGUUGACACCGAAGCGUUGCUCGAGCGCUACCGCCAAGAGAUCGAGGAUCUGAAGGCGAAGUUGGCUGAGCGCGAGGAGCCGAAGCCUGCUGGUCUUAAACGGCGGUUGUCGGCAAGGGAACAGCAAGACGAGUCGAAGGCUAUGCAUGAUAUCAACGCUCGUAUCAAGCAGCUCUCCAACCUCAUCCUCACCUCUCAAGCGCUCGACGCGCGCGGAGAAGGCGGAGAGGGUGACAGCCGACCGGCAAGUCCAGCCAAGGUCGACUUCGAUGCCAGUCCAUAUCAACUCCGUCAAGAGCUCCUCGCUGCACGACGCGAGCUCGAAACUCAGGCCACACAGAUUCUCUCGCUUGAGGCGGCGUUGCUCGCUCGUCCAGAGUUGCCUCCUGACGCUCCGGAGUCUGACAAAGACCGCCUGCUCGCAGACCAAGCGCGUACAAUCCGCGAGCUCGAGAUCGCCGUACGAGGGUACGAGGAAAAUCUCGGUGCACCCUUGCGUCAAGUCCGGGAAGACGUCGAGAAGGAGUGGUCGGGCAAAGUCGAGGCUGAAGCAAAGAAGGUUCGAGAGAAGGAGGCGUGGGCCGAGGAGCUAGUCAAGCAACUUGAGAAGGAGAAGAAGGUCCGCGUGCAGCUCGAGGAGGAGAGGAGGGUGCUCGCUGCGUUCGUCUCUAAGUUCGACUCGCUUACGGGUCUGGGCACUGGUGCGCCGCCGGUUAAGGCUGCGGCACCUGGUCCUGUGGCGAGCUUCGCGAAGCGCAAUGCUGGUCUCGGAACGAUUGAGGAGUCUCCGUUACGCGGCGCUACCGGUGUCGGCGAGCCGAGCUUGUUGGAGGAGAACCUCACAUUCGAUGGGCUAGACGACGAGAGCUUCGAGGUUCUCGAUCGCCCGAUGAUGACGCCCGCGAAGAAGACGUCGAGCUCGAGCGUGUUUGGAAAGAGGAAGGAGAAUCUGCCGGCGUGA